AUGCAGAUCUCCAGUUCCUGGGUCCUGCAAGGCCAGAACGGCAUUGAAAGCUUGAAGGUCGUUGAUAAGGAAAUCCCUCGACCAGGGGACCAUGAAGUGUUGGUACGGAUUUACGCUGCGUCGUUGAACCACCGUGAAUUAGCCAUAGCCAAGUACCCUGAGUCGGAGCCAGUUUCUCUCCGAGAGAUUACUACCGGACUCGGUCAACACCUCGACGGGAAUUUACAAGCAAGCACAUUGACAUGCGCAGGGCUGACAGCCUGGAAUGCGCUUCUUGGACUGGAGGGGCGAGGGCCCAAGAAAGGAGACGCUGUCUUGGUGCAGGGAACGGGCGGCGUUUCCGUUAUAGCAUUGCAGUUUGCAUUGGUUUGCGGUGCCACCAUCAUAGCAACCACGAGCUCUGAUUCCAAAGCCCAGAAACUCCAGUCACUGGGCGCCCAUCAUGUUCUGAACUAUCGGACGAACCCAAACUGGGGCGAAACAGCCAAGACACUCACGCCUGGUCAGAAAGGGUGUGAUCUUGUCGUCGAUGUCGGGGGCUUGUCGACACUCAAUCAAUCGUUCAAGGCAGUACGCCCUGAUGGAGUCAUUUCCAUUACAGGGGUAUUAGGCAGCGCUUCUGACUCAAGAAGUGCCCGAGGUAUUGUUUUGGGUACUAGGCGACAGUUCAAGGAGAUGAAUCGGUUUGUCCACCAGCACCAAAUUCGGCCAGUGGUUGACGAGAGGGUGUUUGGAUAUGAGGAGGCGAAGGAGGCAUAUGAGUAUAUGAUGGCCCAGAAGCACUUUUCCAAAGUUUGCGUGAGAAUUGAGGAAGGCUCCGGUAAUUAGAUAGAGACUGUAAAAUGUAAAUAUUGAAGAGAU